AUGCGCACUGCGCCCGCAGCCCUGGACCAUUUGUCAGGACUACUCGUGAGACGGAGAAAAAAAAAAGAGAAAAUUUGGGGAUCCUUAAAGAGAAGUCUUGGGGGUACAAAACAGUUGUGAAGACCACCAGACAGUUCUGUCUUUUGUCACCACCACAAGGUUAAAAAAUAAAUCAUGACUGAAUCUGCUUCUAGCACAAGUGGUCAGGAGUUUGAUGUAUUUAGUGUUAUGGACUGGAAAGAUGGAGUGGGUACAUUACCAGGAAGUGACUUAAAGUUUCGGGUUAAUGAGUUUGGAGCCCUGGAGGUUAUUACAGAUGAGAGUGAGAUGGAAAGUGUUAAAAAAGCAACCGCUACCACCACUUGGAUGGUACCAACUGCUCAAGAAGCCCCGACCUCUCCCCCGAGCUCCAGGCCCGUAUUUCCACCUGCCUACUGGACAUCUCCACCUGGAUGUCCCACAGUCUUUUCAGAGAAGACUGGGGUGCCAUUCAGGUUGAAGGAUCCAAUGAAAGUAGAUGGGCUUCAAUUCUGUGAGAACUGUUGUCAGUAUGGCAAUGUAGAUGAGUGUCUUUCUGGAGGAAACUAUUGCAGCCAGAAUUGUGCCCGCCAUGUCAAAGACAAGUAUUGUUUCCUGUCACUGUUUUGGGGUUGUAAACACAACAGAGAUCAGAAAGAAGAAAGGGACAUAGGAGAAGACAAUGAGGAAGAGGAUCCUAAGUGUAGCCGGAAGAAAAAACCAAAAUUAUCUAUGAAGGCCGACCCCAAGGAGGAUGGAGAAGAGAGAGAAGAUGAAAUGGAGAACAAACAAGACGUAAGAAUCCUGAGAGGUUCUCAGAGAGCCCGGAGGAAAAGACGAGGGGAUUCAGCUGUCCUAAAGCAGGGUUUGCCUUCUAAAGGCAAGAAAGCUUGGUGCUGGGCAUCCUACCUGGAGGAGGAGAAAGCUGUGGCAGUGCCCACGAAACUGUUCAAGGAGCACCAGUCCUUUCCAUAUAACAAAAAUGGAUUCAAGGUUGGCAUGAAGUUAGAAGGCGUGGACCCAGAGCAUCAGUCCGUGUACUGUGUCCUCACUGUGGCUGAGGUCUGUGGAUACCGGAUAAAGCUUCACUUUGAUGGAUAUCCUGAUUGUUAUGACUUCUGGGUAAAUGCAGAUGCUAUGGAUCUUCACCCCGUUGGAUGGUGUGAGAAAACUGGCCAUAAACUCCAUCCUCCAAAAGGAUAUAAAGAAGAAGAAUUUAAUUGGCAGACCUAUCUUAAGACAUGCAAAGCCCAAGCUGCUCCUAAGUCAUUAUUUGAAAAUCAGAAUAUAACAGUGAUCCCAUCAGGCUUUCGAGUUGGAAUGAAGCUUGAGGCUGUAGACAAAAAGAAUCCUGCAUUCAUCUGUGUUGCUACGGUAACAGACAUGGUGGACAAUCGUUUCCUGGUACAUUUUGACAACUGGGAUGAGAGCUAUGACUAUUGGUGUGAAGCAUCUAGUCCACAUAUUCAUCCAGUUGGUUGGUGUAAAGAACAUAGACGAACCCUUGUUACUCCACCAGGUUAUUCAACUGUGAAACAUUUUUCUUGGGAUAAAUACUUAGAAGAAACCAAUUCUUUACCUGCUCCUGCAAGAGCUUUCAAAGUGAAACCUCCUCAUGGAUUCCAGAAAAAAAUGAAACUUGAGGUUGUAGAUAAGAGAAACCCUGUGUUUAUUAGAGUAGCAACUGUGGCAGACACGGAUGAUCACCGGAUAAAGGUUCACUUCGAUGGCUGGAAUGGUUGUUAUGACUACUGGAUAGAUGCAGAUUCUCCUGAUAUUCACCCUGUAGGCUGGUGUUCCAAAACUGGACAUCCUCUUCAGCCUCCUUUGAGUGCCAUAGAAUUAAUGGAAUCUGCAGAUCAAGGUGGAUGCCCAAAUCUAGGGUGUAAAGGGAUUGGCCAUUUUAAGAGAGCAAGGCACCUGGGUCCUCAAAGCGCUGCCAACUGUCCCUAUUCAGAAAUCAACUUGAAUAAAGACCGCAUUUUUCCAGAUCGUUUAAGUGGUGAGAUGCCUCCAGCAAGUCCAUUUCCAAAACCUAAAAGAACAGACGCAAUUGAAAGCUCUUCACCUCCUGAAAUCAGAGACCAGCAUGCUGAUGAUGUCAAAGAAGACACUGAAGAAAGAACAGAAAGUGAAGUGAGGACAUCACAUGAAGCCAGAGGAGCCCGUGAAGAACCUACCGUACAGCAGGCACAGCGCCGGUCAGCUGUCUUUCUAUCCUUUAAGUCCCCAAUUCCGUGUCUGCCCCUGCGCUGGGAGCAGCAAAGCAAACUUCUUCCAACUGUGGCCGGAAUCCCUGCUAGCAAAGUUUCCAAAUGGAGCACAGAUGAGGUAUCAGAAUUCAUACAGAGCUUACCUGGGUGUGAAGAACAUGGAAAGGUAUUUAAAGAUGAACAAAUUGAUGGAGAAGCAUUUCUACUUAUGACCCAAACAGACAUUGUUAAAAUCAUGAGCAUUAAGCUGGGCCCUGCUCUCAAAAUUUUCAAUUCUAUUCUGAUGUUCAAAGCUGCAGAGAAGAAUUCUCACAAUGAACUUUGAAGAUGGCGAAUUCUGAGCACUACCAGCUUUCUGCUUUAAGGCUCAUGUUUUAUUCAAAGCACAAGGACCAUUCAGACUCCUAAGUGAGAAGUCACCAAAACUCAAAAGAGCAACACUAUCGGAUUAUUUAUAUUCCUCAAGAGACAAUAUAUGAGUUCUUAUGAAAGUGCUUAAGCUUUUAACCAGGUACUGUCUAACAACAGUCAUCUUUUGGUUCUGUUCACUGAGCUAAAUUUAUCUUUGUAAAUCUUUUUGAGGAUGGGGGGGUGGGGGAAAGGGGGCUUCAUUAAUUAUUUAUGGAUGGGGUGGGGCAGAGUAAGAACUUUUGGCAUUUUGUAAACAUUGUUGGAUUCUCUUUCAUGUACACUGUUUCUUUUUCAGUACUUUCAGAAACUUUUUUAUAUAAUUGAAUUUCAACUUAAACCAAAUUAGUCAAAGGCUGGCUAGGUUUAGCCAGUGGGACUAUUAUCUGUAUUACUCAUUUGUGCCAUAUUUUGAAUUGCAACAUUAUGCUAAGUAUAACUUUGCAAGUCACGAUAUUGCCUAACUGCUUGUCAUCAAUUGUGAGGCUGAAUAGUUGUAAAAAUUACUUUUCUUUGAAUCAGUGUUUUUACUUUUGCACGCAUUAGGAAAUGUUAAACAAAUUACUUUUCACCAGCAUCUUUACUAUAAUUACCAAAAACAUGUAUAUAAAAGAAUGGAGUUGAAAAAUAAAAUAUAUCAACAU